CUUUUUAUACUAUUGACAUUCUUUACUAUUCUAUGGAUAGGAAAUCUCGUACUUCACGUUCUGCAUCUUUAGAAGAAACAAAUGAAGAAUUAAGUCUAUGGAAAGAAAUUUGUACUUCUUUGGUCAAACUAGAAGGCAUUCAAAAAGAAGCUGGUGAUGUUAUUACCAAUAUCAACAAAGUUCAUACUUCUGGUUAUAUAGAAAACUCUAUUCCUACUGCAAUUCAUCAACGACUAAAGGAUCAUUAUAGAAAUGGAAUAACAUUAUCAUCAAGUGAAAUAAAAACAAUCAAUGAUAUUAUAGAAAAGGUAUCAGUCCUUAUCGCACUUCGAGAUGCAUCGGAAUACAAUGUGAUUGAUGGUAAACGGAAGAAACGAAGAAAUGAAACUGAAGAUAAAUCGAUAGUCAAUGGAUCAACACCAAGUAAAAAAGUGAAAACACAUAUUUUACCACCAGGCACAUCAGUUGCUGCACGACAACCAACUCAAAAGGAUUCAAGAAAUGAAGAAUGGAUAUUAGCUACUGUACUUCAAUUCCAUCCUGACAAAAACAAAUACCAUGUUGAAGAUGUCGAUCAUGAUGAAUUUGGGCAAACUCAACGUUACAUGCUUCCUUCUCGUCAAGUGAUUCCUAUUCCUGAUGCUAUUGAACAUCGACCUGAAUUUCCUCCUGGUCGUCAUGUUUUAGCUUUAUAUCCUGGAACAACAUGUUUUUACAAGGCCAUUGUGAUGUCUCCUCCAAGCAAGAACAAAGAUAACAACGCUAUAGGGAUGUACAAGGUUCAAUUUGAAGAUGACAACAAUGAAGUGAAAUAUGCCAAUCCAGAACGUGUGUUAGAAAUGCCCAAGAUAUCCAAAUAGAAUAACCCAAACACACCUUUUCAAGUCGCUGGUCGCUGAUCCAUGUAUAUAAAUCAAUAAUUAUUUCUUUAUCUAUUUUGUUAUCUUCUUAGUUUAGCUCAACAAUUCUUUUUUUUUUCUUUAUCAUUCAAGAUCAUCCAAAUAAAACAAGGAAUAAAUCAAAAAUAUGAAGAUUUUA